AUGGAAAACACGACGUGGAGUAAUUUCACCCGAGUUCUGUCGGAGCUGGACGGGCCGGGCGGCGGGGGAGAGGGAGAGGAGGAGGAGGACGGGGGAGGCGGCAGGGGACUGCGCGUCCUCGUCGGCUGCGUCCUGUCCCUGCUCAUCGUGUCCACGCUGCUCGGGAACGCGCUGGUGUGCGCCGCGGUGGUCCGCUUCCGCCACCUGCGCUCCAAAGUCACCAACUUCUUCGUCAUCUCGCUGGCCGUGUCGGACCUGCUCGUGGCGGUGCUCGUGAUGCCCUGGGAGGCCAUCACGGAGGUGACCGGCACGUGGCUGUUUGGGCGCUUCUGCGGCGUCUGGAUCGCCUUCGACAUCAUGUGCUCCACGGCGUCCAUCUUGCACCUGUGCAUCAUCAGCGUGGACCGCUACUGGGCCAUCGCCAGCCCCUUCAAAUACGAGCAGAAGAUGACUCAGCGGGUGGCGUUUGUCAUGAUCGGGGUGGCGUGGUUGCUGUCCAUCCUCAUCUCCUUCAUCCCGGUGCAGCUCAACUGGCACCGCAGGAACUUCACAAACAGCAGCAACGCCAAUGCCAGAAGCUGCGUCGCCAACCUGAACAAAACCUACGCCAUCUCUUCCUCACUCAUCAGCUUCUACAUCCCGGUGGUGAUCAUGAUCGCCACCUACACCCGCAUCUUCCGGAUCGCUCAGACCCAAAUCCGCCGCAUCACCUCUUUGGAGCGGGCGGCGGAGCAGGCGCAGAGCCACGGCCACGGCGCCAACCGGAACCGGCAGCAGCAGCAGCAGUGGCAGCAGCACCCCCGGACCAAUGACGAAGCCUCGCUCAAGUCGUCGUUUAAGAAGGAAACCAAAGUCCUGAAGACGCUCUCCAUCAUCAUGGGCGUCUUCGUCUUCUGCUGGCUGCCGUUCUUCGUCCUCAACUGCGCUGUCCCGUUCUGCGACCCGCCGUGCGUCAGCGACGCCACCUUCACCGUCUUCGUGUGGUUCGGCUGGGCCAACUCCUCGCUCAACCCCAUCAUCUACGCUUUCAACGCCGACUUCCGCCGCGCCUUCGCCACCAUCCUGGGCUGCGGCCAGAUGCGCUCCAACAAUGCGGUGGAAGCGGUGAACUUCAGCGACGAGCUGGUUUCCUACCACCACGACACGACGCUCCACAAGGAGGCGGCGCCGCAGCUGGCGCCGACCCAGCCACUUCCCCGCAACAUCAUUGUCGGGUCCGAUCACCUGGAGGACGUGAGCGCGCAGUUCGACGAAGAGUCGAUGAUCUCCAAUGCUUCUCGGAGCUGCAACAGACUGCUGCUGCUUCCCGCAACCGUGCAGCUCGAGGACGACCACGAAAUCUCCCUGGAGACGAUCACGCCGUUCACGUCAGCGGCUGCGGCGGCCGCGGGGGGGCUGGAGAGCGAUGCACUGAUACCAGGACAAGUCCACCACGACGGCUAG